ACCAUGUGGAUCCAGGUGCGCACCAUGGAUGGGAGGGAGACCCACCGGGUGGACUCCCUCUCCAAGCUCACCAAGGUGGAGGAGCUGCGACUCAAGAUCCACGAAGUGUUCAGGGUGGAACCGGAAAGACAAAGGCUAUUUUACCGGGGUAAACAGAUGGAAGAUGGGCAUUCACUGUUUGACUACAGUGUUGGCCUGAAUGACAUUGUUCAGCUGCUCGUGCGGCAGACCCCCGCAGUGCUCCCUGCCAGCAGCAGCAGAGAAAAGGACUCGGAGCUCUCGGACACCGACUCCGGCUGCGGCUCUGGCCAGAGCGAGUCCGAUAAGAAUUCCAACAGCGGGGAAGGGACGAUGGAGCUGGACGGGCAGCCGACUACAACGGUUCAAGCAGAUUGGGUUGACCCUGGAUUCGGCCUCUAUAAGAUCAAUGAAUUUGUAGAUGCCCGAGAUAUGAACAUGGGAGCUUGGUUUGAAGCCCAGAUUGUCAACGUGACGAGGAGACACAAAACAACGAAUGAGUCAAGUGACAGCGACUCCAAGUCGGAGGUAGAGGAAGCUGUCGCUGAAGAGGACAUUAUAUAUCACGUGAAAUACGAAGACUACCCAGAGAAUGGAGUGGUCCAACUGAGUUCCAAAGAUGUUCGAGCUCGGGCCCGGACCGUAUUGAAGUGGCAUCAGCUGGAAGUUGGGCAAGUGGUGAUGGUGAACUAUAAUCCCGAUGAACCAAAAGAGAGGGGCUUCUGGUAUGAUGCCGAGAUUCUGAGGAAACGGGAAACCAGGACCAUUAAGGAGAUCUAUGCAAACUUACUCCUCGGGGAUGCCGGGGACUCCCUCAAUGACUGUAGAAUAUCCUUUGUGGAUGAAGUUUACAAAAUUGAAGAGCCAGGCAGCAGGAGCCCAGUCGGCUUUGAAAACCCACUAAAAAGGCAGAGCGGACCGGUGUGUAAGCAUUGCAAGGACAACCCAAACAAGACCUGCAGGGUGUGUGCCUGCCACUUGUGUGGAGGGAAACAGGACCCAGAGAAGCAGCUGAUGUGUGAUGAGUGCGAUAUGGCCUUCCACAUCUACUGCCUGAACCCCCCUCUCAGCAGCAUUCCAGAUGAUGAGGACUGGUAUUGCCCAGAAUGUCGGAAUGAUGCAAGCGAGGUGGUCUUGGCUGGGGAGAAGUUGAAGGAAAGUAAAAAGAAGGCAAAGAUGGCAUCUGCUACAUCAUCCUCUCAGAGAGACUGGGGCAAGGGCAUGGCGUGUGUUGGCCGCACCAGGGAGUGCACAAUCGUUCCCUCUAACCACUAUGGACCCAUCCCCGGGGUUCCAGUUGGUACCAUGUGGAAAUUCAGAGUGCAGGUGAGUGAGUCUGGGGUUCACAGGCCUCACGUGGCAGGGAUCCACGGGAGAAGCAACGACGGGGCAUAUUCAUUGGUCCUGGCGGGGGGUUAUGAGGACGACGUGGACCAUGGUAAUUCUUUCACGUACACAGGCAGUGGAGGGAGAGACCUUUCUGGCAACAAGCGGACGGCGGAGCAGUCCUGUGAUCAAAAACUCACCAACAUGAACAGAGCCUUGGCUUUGAACUGCAGCGCUCCCAUCAAUGACCGAGACGGGGCCGAAGCCAAGGAUUGGCGAGCUGGGAAACCCGUCCGGGUCGUCCGGAACGUCAAAGGAGGGAAGCAUAGCAAAUACGCUCCCGCUGAGGGGAAUCGCUAUGACGGCAUAUACAAGGUGGUGAAGUAUUGGCCGGAAACGGGGAAAUCGGGGUUCCUGGUAUGGCGUUACCUCCUGAGGAGGGAUGAUGAGGAGCCUGGCCCCUGGACCAAGGAAGGCAAGGACAGGAUAAAAAAACUUGGCCUCACAAUGCAGUAUCCUGAAGGUUAUCUGGAAGCCGUGGCCAACAAGGAGAAGGAGAAAGAAAACAAGAAGGGGAGUGAUGAGGAAUUAGAAUCCCCAAGGAAAGGGAAGGGAAAAAGAAAGAGGAAAUCAGCAGGUGCUGGUGGGGAGACUGUUUCGGCCUUUCCCAGAGGAACCCCGAAGAAAACAAAAGUGGAGCCCUACAAACUGACCUCUCAGCAGAAGGCCCUCAUCCGAGACGAUGAAUCCAACGAGAAGCUGUGGAACGAAGUACUGGAAGCACUGAAGGAUGGACCGAAAUUCCUGAAUAAAGUGGAAGAAACUUUCCUGUGUAUCUGUUGUCAAGAAGUGGUGUUUCGGCCCAUCACAACAGUUUGUCAGCAUAAUGUGUGCAAGGACUGCUUGGAUCGAUCCUUCAGGGCUGAGGUGUAUAGUUGCCCGGCAUGCCGCUACGAUCUGGGCAAAGGCUAUGCCAUGCAGGUCAAUCAACCUCUGCAGACCAUCCUAAGCCAGCUCUUCCAGGGUUAUGGCAAUGGCCGGUGAUUCUGUAAAGCACUUCUUCCUUUUUUUUUUUUUUUUUUAUACAACUUGUCGAUGGGUAUCAGUGGGCUUAAUUUAAACAAGUAGUUUUCCCCAAAAGGUUUGUCUUCCUCAUUUCAAAAAAAAACCCCCAAAAAACAACAGCAAAAAAACCCCCCAAAAAACAAAAACAAAAAAAACUAUAAACUUUGAGGAAUCUACUUUGUAUGUGUUGUGGCUUUUUUUAUUAUUAUUUUAACG